GGAGGGAGGCACCGGGCCGUAGACACCCAAGGUAGCUGACAGGGCCGCAGCGGCUCACCCCUCCCUUUCUCGAAACGUGGUUGGGUAGCUGCCGCUGGCCGACGCCGCUGGGAGAAGAGGACUGGGGGCGGGAGAUGACGGCUGUGUGCUCGCUGCUUUGCCCUCUGCGAGCACCGGAGUCCUCCUCGCAGCCCGGGCUGCAGACCUAGCAGGUUUGCUCAUACUCUACCAAAAGUUAUAUUCAGCGCUGGUUAAAUAAUUACUGUGUGCUGCAUGUGAUUAGAGUAUAAGCACUCUACUGAUAUUGAUCCUUCACAGAUGGUAAAGCGAAGCAUAAGAAGUUAAGUGUUGGGAUCAAGUUGAUGGAGGCAGAUUGCGGGUGCCUGGAGAGAACCACAGGGCGUCACUGCAGCUGUAAUGUUUGUGGAUCUUGUUUUACUCGUGUCUGACACUUCAUAGAAUGAGACCUGGUGGUUGGAGGUGGAAGGAGAGAGAAAAUGGACUCUUAUUUUUCAGCAGAGAACUCAACUCUGGCCAUUAAUAUGAAUGAGACUUUGUCUGCAACAGUAACUCAUGGAUUUAAUUCCACCAAUGACCCACCUUCAAUGUCCAUAACAAGGCUUUUUCCAGCCUUGCUAGAAUGCUUUGGCAUAGUCCUUUGUGGCUACAUAGCAGGAAGGGCCAAUGUCAUAACGUCAACACAGGCCAAAGGACUGGGAAAUUUCGUCUCCAGAUUUGCCCUUCCAGCUUUAUUAUUCAAAAACAUGGUUGUACUUAAUUUCUCUAAUGUGGACUGGGCUUUCCUAUAUAGUAUCUUAAUUGGCAAAGCCUCUGUGUUUUUCAUUGUAUGUGUUUUAACCUUAUUGGUUGCCAGUCCUGAGAGUCGAUUUAGCAAAGCUGGGCUAUUCCCUAUUUUUGCUACACAAAGCAAUGACUUUGCAUUGGGAUAUCCUAUAGUUGAAGCUCUGUAUCAAACCACAUACCCAGAAUAUCUCCAGUAUAUUUAUUUGGUGGCACCAAUAUCUCUUAUGAUGUUAAACCCUAUUGGGUUUAUCUUCUGUGAAAUCCAGAAGUCUAAGGACACUCAAAAUGCUUCUCAAAAUAAAGUAAAAAUUGUGGGACUUGGAUUUCUACAUGUGUUACAGAACCCGAUAGUGUUUAUGGUCUUUGUUGGCAUUGCCUUCAAUUUUAUUCUUGACAAAAAGAUCCCUGUGUAUAUGGAAAAUUUCCUUGAUGGACUUGCAAAUUCCUUCUCUGGAUCAGCCCUGUUUUAUCUUGGUCUGACAAUGGUGGGGAAAAUAAAGCGACUGAAGAAGUCGGCAUUUGUCGUGCUUACUCUUCUCAUCACGGCCAAACUCCUGGUGCUGCCCCUUCUGUGCAGAGAAAUGGUAGAACUCUUGGACAAGGGUGACAGUAUAGUCAACCAUACAAGUUUGUCCAAUUAUGCCUUUCUCUAUGGCGUCUUCCCUGUAGCCCCGGGAGUGGCUAUCUUUGCAACACAGUUCAACAUGGAAGUAGAGAUUAUAACCUCAGGGAUGGUAAUAAGCACAUUUGUGUCUGCUCCAAUCAUGUAUGUUUCUGCCUGGUUAUUGACUUUUCCCACCAUGGAUGCUAAGCCAUUGGCAUAUGCCAUUCAGAAUGUUAGUUUUGAUAUAAGUAUUAUCAGUCUGGUCUCCUUGAUCUGGUCUCUAGCUGUUCUUCUCUUGAGUAAGAAAUACAAGCAGCUUCCUCAUAUGCUUACAAUGAAUUUACUCAUUGCUCAGUCUAUUGUUUGUGCUGGAAUGAUGAUAUGGAACUUUGUUAAAGAAAAAAAUUUUGUUGGACAAAUUUUGGUGUUUGUUCUAUUGUACAGCUCCCUGUACAGCACCUAUUUGUGGACAGGCCUUCUAGCAGUUUCUUUGUUUCUUUUAAAAAAGCGAGAGAGCAUGCAGAUCCCUGUGGGAAUUAUCAUAAUAUCUGGCUGGGGGAUCCCUGCUCUCCUUGUUGGUGUGCUUUUGAUAACUGGAAAACACAAUGGAGACAGCAUUGACUCCGCCUUCUUUUAUGGAAAAGAGCAGAUGAUCACCACAGCAGUCACCCUGUUCUGCAGCAUUCUGAUAGCUGGUGUGUCACUCAUGUGCAUGAACCGUACCACCCAAGCUGGCCACUAUGAAGGUUUCGGCCAAUCUCAGAACCACAAACCAGUAGAGCCUGCAAGUACUGCAUUUGAGGAGAGCCCAGCACCAACAAAUGAACCAGAACUCUUCCCAAGUUCUAUCCCAGAGACAAGUUGCUGUUCUUGUUCCUUGGGAAAUGGUGACCUAUGCUGUCCAUCAGUAGAGCCAGUAACAAACACAAGUGCCAGUGGGCCCAUGCCUUCUUCCUUUGAGAAAACGGACCACUGUGUGAGUCGUUGUGACUCCCAAAGCUGCAUCCUAGCCCAGGAGGAAGAGCAGUACCUGCAGACUGGAGACCCCCAACUGACUCGACAUGUCCUGCUGUGUCUACUUCUCAUCAUUGGCCUGUUUGCUAAUCUCUCUAGUUGUUUGUGGUGGCUGUUCAACCACGAGACUGGACGACUCUAUGUGGAACUGCAGUUUUUCUGUGCCGUGUUUAACUUUGGCCAGGGAUUUAUUUCCUUUGGAAUCUUCGGCUUGGACAAACAUUUAAUCAUCCUACCUUUCAAAAGAAGGCUUGAAUUCCUGUGGAACAAUAAGGAGACGGCAGAAAACAGAGAGUCCCCUGUCUCUGAGGAGAUAAAAAUGACCUGUCAACAGUUUGUACAUUACCACCGUGACCUCUGCAUCCGAAACAUCGUCAGAGAAAGAAGGUGCGGUGCAAAGACUUCCGCCGGGACUUUCUGUGGCUGUGACCUGGUGAACUGGCUAAUAGAAGUCGGCCUUGCCUCUGACCGUGGUGAAGCUGUGAUCUAUGGGGACAGACUGGUGCAGGGGGGAGUCAUCCAACACAUCACCAAUGAAUAUGAAUUUCGGGACGAGUAUCUGUUUUACAGAUUCCUUCAGAAGAGCCCUGAACAGAGUCCUCCUCCUGUUACUGUAAGCAACCCUCAACAGGAAGGUUACAAAGAAACUGGCCACUCAUCGCCAUCCUCACUGUCCCCUAAGACUUAAAUUACGAAGAACCCCGCGUGUACUCCUACACUCUAGCCUCACAUCUGGCACUCCUAGCUGUGGGUCCUCGCUUGGGCAGGCUACCUUUCUGAGCCUCUGUCAUCUCUCCUGUAAGUGGCAAAUGCAUUCCUACCCGUACUGACAUCCUGUGACCUUACGUGAAUGGAAAGCACAUAGGAAACUGACAAGAGAAGCCUGGACCUAAACAAUAAUGCUAUAGGUGCUUCGACUAUACCAAUAUUUUAAAAUCAUUUCUUUCAGCAACUGUUCAUUAUAAUUUCAAUGUUAUAUUCAACUGGCUGGUAUUUUUAAAUUGCCGCAUUUGGCAGGAUUGCUGCUCUAAAAAUGAACCUUAGCGAUCACACUUCCCCAAACAGACUUUUAUUGUUCUAGUAAAAACUUUUAUUUCUCCCUCCACUUCUUUGACAAAUACUACCAUUUAAAAAUUAAAACUACUGUUUUGUUUCUGAGAUAAGGUCUCAUGUAGCCAGGCUGACCUCAAAUUCCCUAUGUAGCCAAGGAAGCUUUUGAACUGAUCUUCCUGCCUCUGCCUCCUGAGUUCAGGGCCUAUUUGUGUGUGCCACCAUGCCUGGCUAACCCCACUGUUUUUUAAAAGUAAGUUUUAAAUUUAUUUUUGAUAAAAUAUCAAUUUUAAAGCUUUAUCUUUUCUUGAUUUCUAUCUAAAGUACUAAUGUGUGCCAAUAAGAACAUGAUUAUCUCUAUAAUCUUUGCAGUUAAAAUUUUAAGUAGUUUGAGCAUAUUUAUUUAAAUGUUAUCAAAAGUAUUGCUAUGAGAUGUACUAUUUCUGGUACUUUCAAAGUAUCAUGUUGUAGAAAAAACCUAUUUUAUUCCCUGCCUUGAAAAAGUAUAUAGUCAGAAAUUUAAAAUUAGAAACCUAGCAAUCCUACCUUUACAAUUCAAUCUUUAAUGUGUGCAUGUCUAAAAAUCUGUAAGUUUAAAAAGUACCAAUUGUUGCUCAGUCCACUAAGACCCUUUCUAAAACUGACAUGAACUAGACAGCUAGCUCGAAAGCAUCAGGUCUUUCUUGCUGGUCUGGAGGCUGGGUAGUGUAAGAUCAAGCCCGCAGUGAGCAGCUGGGGCCAGGGUCAGGUUCACUGAUGUUGCCGCAUAGGGUGGGAGGCAAGGGCCCAUUAUUUAUGGGGUUAAUAAAAGGGGCCCUGACCCUUUUAAUGUAGCAAAUACAUAAAAAACAAAAACUUAGCCGGUGGUGCACGCCUUACAGAGAAACUCUGUCUUGAAAAACAAAAAAACAAAACAAAACAAAACAAAAAAACUUGCAUGGAAGCCUAGUGUAUUUAAAAAGAAAUGACAAUCAUGUUAUGAUCAUGGAAUUGGAUGUUGUAGGCAGAAAAAUUCAGUAUAAAACUUAGGGGGACACAAGACACACCCACACUGUGACUCCCAAUGCCCAGGAGUACACAGGACACUUGCUCUAGCACCACUGGUGACACAGGACAGAAUUUACACGCAUGCAAGCAGCUCAGAUUCAAGUGCAGGAAGCGUUUGUGGGUAAGCCGUUAAGUAUGUUCUUUUAUUUUCACAAGUGGAAUCCGAGACAUUAUUUUCCAUGGGAGAUUCUAAAAGAAAGCCAUAGAUCAGAGUGAUUUGCAGUUUCAGAUGAUAAAGGCCUUUAAAGGGGUGUUUCUAGGAUUAAUGAUAAGUUAAUUUUAUUAAAUGAAAAUAUUUGUAUAUUACUUUCUCACUGACAGCACGUUUCUCAAUAAAUACUUAUUUUAA